AUGGAAUGGAUUAAGGAGUGUAUUACCUCUUCUAGACUAUCUGUGCUUGUUAAUGGAGCACCUAUUGGUGAACUUAGUCCACAAAGAGGGCUCAGACAAGGGGAUUCCCUAUCUCAUUUUCUGUUCAACAUAGCAGCAGAGGGUUUAAGCAUAUUAUUGUCAAGAGCUUUGGAUAUGGAUUUGAUAAAAUGGGUGAAGAUUGGAGCAUGUGGGGUAGUUUUGACCCAUUUACAGUUUGCAGAUGAUUUCAUCUUGUUGUGUGAAGCUGAAGUUUUGGAAGUCAGAAAUUUGAAGAGAAUAUUGAGGUGUUUUGAACUAUUGUCAGAAAAUUGUCAGCUAAAAGUGGGUAAUGGCCAUAGGGUGAAGUUCCUGAUGGAUAAAUGGUGUGAAAAUAUAAGUCUUAAAGAUGAGUUCCCACUCUUAUAUAGACUGGUUGUAAACAAGGGAGAGUCUUUCUCUGCAAUGAUGGAAAGGAAGGUGGAUACAAGUGAGUGGUUGUUCCAAUUCAAAAGGGAGCUAUAUGAUUGGGAAAGUGUGGAGGUUACCAGAUUGAUAGGAUUUUUAGAGGCUUGUUCUGUCUUCAGGUCAUCCUUACAAGAUACACUAGUGUGGGAGGCUUCAAAAACAGGUAGGUUUACAGUUGAAUCAGUCUACAAAUUUCUGGCAGGUGGGUUUGGCAGCUACAGUAGAACAAGCAAAAGGGUGUGGGUGAAGUACAUUCCUCCUAGAGUUCAAUUCUUUGGGUGUCUUGCUUGGAAAGGUAAAAUUAAAACAACGGACUUUCUUCUUUGGAUUGGUGUUCUCAAUGUAAAUGCAUCAACCCUCUACAUUCCAUACAAAUCUGUGGAUGAGUCACUCAAUCAUGUCCUAUUGUCUUGCCCAGUGACUUGGAGAGUGUGGUCAGAAAUACUAAAUUGGUGGGGAGUACAUGGUGUACUACCAGAUACAAAGGAGGCUAUUCUUCACUGGUGGGCAAAGUUUAGGCUCAGCAAAAAAGAGAGGAUGAUGUGGGAAGCUCUUCCUAUUACAGUGUUGUGGUCUGUGUGGAAACAUCGUAAUGAAUGCUUGUUUAGGGAUGUUAUCCCAAAUGUUGAAGGUGUGUGUGAUAGGAUAAAGUUUAGAAUGGAUGUGUGGUUCAAGGAAGUGUUUAAAGAUAAUAAAUUCACAAUGCAUGAUUUUCUCUUUAACUUGAAGCAUAUUAGAUUCUGUUUGGGUGGUGGUGCGAGGGCAGUGCUAUAA